GGAAGCAAUACCCUGGUGACCUGUUUCUGCAAAGUGUUACUGAAAAUGGUUUUUUACAUAAUUUUAUUCCUCACACACACUAGGGGACUACACCGCUUAGUGAAAAAGGAAGAAAAGGAAAAUGGCUAGGGCUCCCGGCGGCCCCCCCCCCUUGUUUUCCUGCUCCCACCUGUUUAUACCCCGGAGGGUAGAACACGUGUUCUCUCCCCCCUCCCAUGCGGGGCGGGGUCGCACCCCAUAGCCAAUGGGAGUCUAGGGGGGCUGCGAAGUUUCCAGAGGCUUAGGGGGAGGCUAUAAAGGUGUGUGGCUGGGUGGGUCCCCUUUAAACAUGCAGUCCAAGCGGGAAUGUGAGGUGAGUGGCCUAGGAUGAGGGAUCCUCACGGUGAGAUGAUUGGGGGGAUGGCAAUCUGGCCCGCCCGAUGGAUCAGCGUUACCUUGCAGUGUGGUCUGGAGCCUAGUUCCUAUACUCACCCCUUCUCCCACCUCCCCCAGUUGUGGUGUGAGCGGGUGAAUCCAGUGAACAAGGCUGCGCUGGAGGCUUGGGUGAGGGAAACGGGGAUCCGACUGGUGCAAGUGAACGGGCAAAGGAAAUACGGCGGUCCACCCCCAGGCUGGGUGGGCAGCCCUCCACCGGCAGGUUCAGAGGUGUUCAUCGGCCGCCUGCCCCAGGAUGUGUAUGAGCACCAGUUGAUUCCACUGUUCCAGCGCGUGGGGCGUCUCUACGAGUUUCGCCUUAUGAUGACAUUUAGUGGCCUGAACCGAGGCUUCGCCUACGCUCGAUACAGCUCCCGCCGCGGGGCCCAGGCUGCCAUUGCCACUCUUCACAACCACCCUCUUCGGCCUGCCUGCCCACUGCUGGUCUGCCGGAGCACCGAGAAAUGCGAGCUGAUGCUGGACAGGCUGCCACCAGCCCUGAGCCACCAGGCCUUGCUUCAGGCCCUGCAGCCUCUGGGCUCCAGUCUGCAGGAAGCACUGCUGCUCCCCAGCCUUAUGCACCCCCCCACACAGAUUGCGCUGCUCAAGUUUAGCUCCCACCGGGCUGCGGCCAUGGCUAAGAAGGCUCUGGUAGAAGGGCGUUCAAAGCUCUGUGGUGAGCAGGUGACAGUGGAAUGGCUGAAGCCUGACCUGAAGCAACGACUCCGACAGCAAACUGAAGGUCCUUUAUUUCGGGGCUUGGGGACUGACAGCAGCCAUAGGAUCGUACCUGAGAAAUUCGGGGCCCCAAUACCCCCUAGCUGUGCCCAGACUAUUCUUGAGACAUUGUGCCAACAGAGACACCUGGGCAUGCCUGUAUUCCUCACUAAGUGCUUGGGAGCUGGACCUGCAGGCUGGCACCGAUUCUGGUACCAGGUGGUGAUUCCUGGUCACCCCAUGCCUUUCAGUGGCCUCAUCUGGGUAGUUGUAACAAAGGAUGGGCCAAGUGGACACGAAGUUGCCAAGAACGCUGUGUCCCUUCGCCUUCUAGAAGCAUUAGGUGAGCCAAGGGAAAACAAGAGCCCAGGAUGGGGAUGCUUUUCCUGCUAAAAAUAAUAUGUCCUAGCCGUCCUGGUCAGUUGGUAACCAGUUAGCUGUGGAGGUUUAGGGUAAAGAGUUCUUUUGUCUUUCAAGAAGGGCAGGGCCCUGAGGCUAGACGAGUGUGAACACUAGCCCUGGCUGAUCUAGGGGGAAAAACCUCCUCUGUUCCCGUUACAUUCCCUUUAUGCCAGGUAUAUCCCUUCCACCUACCUAAUCCUGUAUGGUUUUGUCCCUCAAGCUGUUUACUUGGUGGCUAGUUAGAUGUAAAGUCAACUUUUUGGCCCUUUUGCCCAUUAUUGUUCUUCCCCCUUGGUAUUCUAUGUUGGUGUAAGUUUAAAUCUGUUUUUUUCUAUUUAAUUAAAAACCUAAGGUUGGUA